UCCUGAGAAGAACAGGACGUGACGUCACACAGCGCAACAAGGAAGUGGCGUUUGUAAACUUUUCGAUCAGUCAGAGGCUACUUGCGUUUUAAGAGACUCGCUUCAGGCUUUCUAGGAAUGUUUUGCAGAAAAUAUAUUUCUUCAGUUUAACGGAGAAGUGUACAGUUGGAGAUUUGGAUGUUGAACUUUGGCAGAAUGGAGGAGAGGAAGAUGAAACGAAAAAGUCCAAGACCCUCGACCAACCAGGCUGCUCCUCCAGUCACUGCCCGAAAGAACCUCAUCUCUGGCAGCAGGGCGUUUGGGGUCAUUGGCACUGGCACUGGCACGCACUCAAACCAGAAGACGAAAUAUCGCAGAGGUGUGAGAGAUAAGCCGAAGCUACAGAGUCAGUUGAGUAACCAGGCUGCCCCUAUUCAGCACUCCUUCCUCACGGACGUGUCUGAUGUGCAGGAGAUGGAGAAAGGCUUGCUUAGCCUCCUCAAUGACUUCCACUCUGGAAAACUGCAGGCCUUUGGCAAUGAGUGUUCCAUUGAUCAAAUGGAGCAUGUUCGAGAGAUGCAGGAGAAACUCGCUCGACUGCACUUCGACCUCAAUGCAGAAGUGGAUGACAUGCCUGUGGACCAGCGCAAGCUUGCCUGUGAUACCAAUAUGGACAAACUUCUACUGAAUCUUGAAGAGUUGAGUUCGUCAAUACAAAAGCUAAACCUAGCUGAUAACCAAGAUGCCCCCAGACCAUCCUCCGACGUAUGAAAUGUUGUGGUUCUGAUGCCCGUUGCAGACCUGUUCAUAUAUCUGUUACAGAGAAACAGCAUAUCACUCAGUAUUGUUGCAUUUGUGAACUUCUUGAACGGGCUUACUUUCACAGUUUAGUCUUAAAUGGCACAUAACUCAACAUUUUAUUACAUUUUUCAACUAAUGUCUUACCCAUAUGAGUUUAGGACCAGACUACUUCUGUAUCUUUACUAAAUCAGAAUGUUGGAUCUUAAAUAUUGCCUUACAAUUGUGCAAUACGAGAACAUUUGCAAUAUGCAUAUCACUAUUCACUUUAUUUAAUAACCAUAUUUCUUUUUUUUUUUUUUUUGAAAUUUUCAUAAAUAAAGAUUUUAAAUAUUUUAAUUGAACACUGUGUUUUGACAUUGUUAACAGGAAAGGUGUUGGUAAGAGUUUGGGAAGCAUGUUGCUUUUUACUAAAGCCAAGUAUUUGCCUUAAUGCAGUGUUUGAGAGUGUGCAGAGGAACGGUUUGUGUGACUCAGACUGCUUGGUAAAAUGUUAUUUUUUAUAAUAGUCUAUGCUACAAAUGUAUUUUAUUUAAAAGUGAAGUGGUUUUCAAUUCUAAUAUAAUUGGUUGAAUUCUGGUGGUUUAUGUGGAUUGGUUUUCUUGAUGCCAUCAAUAAAAUUCAAUUACUUAUGACUCUAA